AUGGUUUAUUAUGACCUCUAUAUCAAGUGAUUCAAUGACAAAAAACAAAUUGGUCAAGCACGUCAAACAAAAGUCCACGAAAUUCUAGGGGAGUCAGAAUAUGAAUGUCAAGCCUUGAACUACUCUAUGCAUUCUUUGCCAUAUCCCAACACUGACUCGAUUCCAGCACUCAAACGUUUGACUGUGAAAGUGAACUUUUCCCAGAUUUUGAAUAACACAGAGCUCCUUUCCCAGUAUGAUAUUGUUGCAGCUCGCCCUAGCAAUGAUCAAGACUUCCAUUAUUGCUGCAUGGAGGCUGAAAUUGAUAUUAUCUCCUUAAAACUUCACGAUCGAUUGGGUAUGAGAAUCAAGCUCAAUUUGGUCCAAGAAGCUAUCAAAAGAGGCAUUAUGUUUGAGCUAUGCUACUCGCAGGCUUUAAGAGACAUCAAUGCAAGGAGGGUUUUCAUUUCUAAUGCUACCAACAUUAUAAAAGCUACUAAAGGCAGGAAUAUUAUUUUCAGCAGCUCUGCUAAAGAUUUAUAUGAUCAGAGAUCCCCAUGGGAUGUAAUCAACUUAGGGUGUGUACUGGGUCUAGCUAUUGACAAAGCACAGAAUUCCAUUGUAAAAAACCCAGAAGAUGCCAUAAGUCAUGGCCAAGCAAGAAAAGUAUUUAAAUCAGCGAUCCAAAUUUCAGAUAAAUCAGAAUUUGUCAAGCAAGAAGGCUGGAAUAUAUUACCAUCAAGUUUAUAA